UUUGAAUUAGAAUUAGAGGGUCGGCCAAGCGAGCCAACCCUAUAAAAUUUCCACAAAUUAUGUCGGCCAUAUGUCUUGAUAGCCAUACAGCACUAACCGGCGAGGGCUAGCGUGGCAUAUUUAGCCAACCGACCCUUUUAAGCCUUUCCAUUUCCUCCCACAUUCUAUUUUAUACCAUUUCCCUAACCUCACCUUCUCUCUGCAUCCGAUGUGGGACGAACCAUAUAUGAUAAUAUAUUUUUAAUUAUUGAAAAAAUAAAUAAAUAAUUUUGUACUUAGUACUAACUAAUCAUCGUUAUUAGCCAUUUGUACAGUGGAGGCGUUUUUUCUGCGCUUCCAUCUCAAGAUCUGUCAAUGGCAACUUCUGCUGUUGGAUUCCCUGCGGUUCGUGCAGUUCUCCUCCGUACAACCAUCUCCCUGUUCGCCGUCGCCGUCGCCGUCGUCGCGGUUGCUGCCGCCGAUGAUUUUGAGAAGAAGAAUUCCAGCUCGAGUAUUCGUCCUAAUGGAAGGGAUAUUGAGAUAAUGAUAUCCUACAGUGACCGUUCCGGGGAUAUUAAAGUUAGGACUGUCAGAUCUCGGGAUCUAUCUGCUUCAUGGGUGUGGAAGAUUCCUGGCGAUGAGAAGCAUAGUCAGUUAAGGAGUUCACCGGUAACUUAUCCGGACCCUUUGCAAAUGAAAAUAAGCUCCCGGAACUCUGGUGAGAAUUCGAGUAAUGAUGCACAAGACAUUCCUCGAACACAAGCCUAUCCAGUGCAUCCAGUGAAAAUCAAGAGAAAGAAACUACGGAAGGAAAGGAGGGAGAAAAGAAUUGCAGAAUUGAUCAAACAAGACAAAAAGAUCGAUAAACAGAUGCAAGAAGCAGCUAUCAAACGAGCACGGGAGCUUGAUACCACUGUCAAGGGUAAAUUCAGUAUAUGGCGGAAGGAAUAUGAAAAUCCCAACUCUGAUUCGACAGUCAAACUUAUGGGAGAUCAAAUCAUAAUGGCCAGAGCUUAUGCAACAAUUGCCAUGGCUAAGAACGAGACCAUGCUUUAUGAUUCUCUUAUUAAACAUUCUAGAGAAUGCAAAUUUGCUAUUGGAGAUGCAACAACUGAUGCCGAUCUUCCUCCAAGUGCUCUUGAUAAGGCAAUUUCCAUGGGACACAUUCUCGCCACUGCGAAGGACCGAUUAUAUGAUUGCAUCGAGAUAGCAAGAAAAUUGAGAGUCAUGCUUCAGUCGAGUGAGACUAAUAUAGAAUCUUUGAAGAAGAAGAGCUCAUUUUUGAUACAGCUAGCUGCCAAAACUAUCCCCAGACCAUUACAUUGCAUCCCUUUGCUUCUUACGACCGACUAUUACCUAAAUAACUACAAAGACAAGGAAUUUCCCAACCGUGAGAAACUCGAGAAUCCUUCUUUAUAUCAUUAUGCCAUCUUUUCUGAUAAUGUGCUCGCUACAUCAGUUGUUGUGAACUCGACAGUGUUGCAUGCGAAAGAGCCUGAAAAGCAUGUUUUCCAUAUAGUCACGGAUAAGCUGAAUUUCGCAGCUAUGAGAAUGUGGUUUCUAGUGAAUACUCCUGCUGGCGCAACAAUAGAAGUCCAGAAUGUCGAUGAUUUUACUUGGCUUAAUUCUUCGUACUGCCCUGUUCUGCGGCAGCUUGAAUCUGCUAAAAUGAUUGAAUACUAUUUCAAGGCGCAUCAAGCAUCAUCCCUCACUACUGGCACCGACAAUCUCAAGUACAGGAAUCCAAAAUACUUGUCCAUGCUAAACCAUCUCCGGUUUUAUCUUCCUCAGGUUUAUUCAAAGCUGGAUAAGAUUUUAUUUCUGGAUGAUGACAUUGUUGUUCAGAAGGAUCUUACAGCAUUAUGGUCUGUUGAUCUGCAAGGAAUGGUAAAUGGCGCUGUUGAAACGUGCAAGGAAAGCUUCCAUAGGUUUGACAAGUAUCUUAAUUUCUCUAACCCAAAGAUAACUGAGAAUUUCGAUCCUAAUGCUUGUGGCUGGGCAUUUGGCAUGAACAUCUUCGAUCUGAGAGAAUGGCGGAAACGUGACAUUACAGGAAUUUAUCAUUACUGGCAAAAUCUGAAUGAAGAUCGCACUCUGUGGAAACUAGGCACACUGCCUCCGGGUCUGAUUACUUUCUACAAUUUGACGUAUCCUCUGGACCGAGGCUGGCAUGUUCUCGGCUUGGGCUACGAUCCUGCUCUUAACCAAACAGAGAUUGAGAAUGCUGGCGUCGUGCAUUAUAAUGGAAAUUAUAAACCCUGGUUAGAUCUCGCCAUUGCAAAGUAUAAGUCUUAUUGGUCGAAAUAUGUGAUGCUUGAUAAUUAUUACAUACAGCUUUGUAGCAAUAGUAAUAAUGCUUAAUGAGUUUCUUAUUGUCACGGUGAAGAUCUCGUCAUUUUGUUGAUUAGUUAGUCAAUUAACUCAUCUUUUUUAUAAGCUUCGCCUUUUUGCCA